AUGCUCAACGCCAGCAACGGCCCCGGCUUUGCUGUGACGCUCCAGGGGCAGGCUGCCCGGCUGUGGAGCAAGCUCGUCGCGACCGUCGGCAAGGCCGUGCAGACCGCGGGAGCUGGUGCCGCGGCCAGUGUAGACCUGGCCUGCGCUGUGCCGCGCGCGCUCAUCUUCAACGUCUGGCAAAUUGCCGGAUCCCGGUUGGGCGCGUAA